AUGGUGAUGGAGAGUUUUGAAGGAAGCUCGUGGGUUGUAGAGAUUCGCGGUGGACGGAAAGGCAGUUUCCGGCGAGGCUUUAAGAAGGUCUACCAAUUGGUAAUCAACGGUAAUCGAUGUUGGGAGUUUAAUGGCUUGAUUCAGCUUGCUAAGCAAACGGCUCAAAUGUUCAAGGGUCUUCACGAGUUUCAUACUUGGGUGAUUCUCUGUCGGGAUUACUUGGUGGGAUUGGGAAACAACUUCAGUUUCCUUCCUAUUUUGUCUGAUUUUGUCGGUGACGUUCUGGCUUUGAUUUGGGAAAGGAUGUUGUGCCCUUUUGAGUUCAGAUACUACCUUGCUUCAUGA